CAAAACGAACGAUGCUCCGAGCACAGGCCGUGGAGCAAGGGAAAAACUCUGAAAAUCGAGAUGGGUUCCCGGGCGAGAACCGAAGCAGGCAAGCAACGGGCGCACAAAAACGACUCGAAGCUCUGGAAGGAUGCAGAGCAAACCGGUCCCCUGGAUAUGCUGUAAAACGACCAGGUUGUGGGAGCGCGAAAAGAUGCGGGAUGCCAUGACGUUGUUCCUCGGUGAUCUUCAUCACAUCGCUUCCAAGCGAGUGGUGUCCUGACUCUUGGCCUUUUACGGGGUACCGCUUGUUGACAAUGACCUGCAGGUGUCCAUGGAAGCACAGGCCAGAGCGGCCUUCCAGUGCAUGUUCCCUGUCCCGAAGGGUCGGUUGCUGUUUCUUUUUUCAUUUGGGCCUCGAGCAACACCACCUGUCUUCUCUGAGACGAGAGUUCUACCGGAACCCUUCUUUCGGAGUCUCGCCUCAUCUUUCUCGACCAUUUUGCCAUUUUGCCAUGUUUAUCAUAUUCUGUUGUGCAUACCAGCACCCAGUACUCCGUACACGUACAGCUGCCGUCAGAGCUGCCGUGGAAAUCCAAGAGCUGAGUUGCCCCUGGACGGAUGCGAGACGGACGGGUGGUGCAACCUUUCGUCCCGACGGUGCAUGUGACCCACCUGCCUGUCGUGGCUUGGUUCCACUGACAGAUCGAAACCCCACGCCGAGUGGGGGGCAGUCUCACCCGUUCCAUCCCGGCUCAGCUACCUCUUGCCAAUCCAAGGUCGAGACUUUCGAUGAUUCAACCGAAGAAGCAUGGACACCCAAGCAAGCCAAAAGCCGGGGACAUCAUGAAAUCGACAAUCAUCACGAGGGUCGAGACAUGCCUUUCUCUCUCUCUCGGCACCCGGAAUCGAACGGGUCCGCCUGCAUGACGCUUUUCGAGUCUCGACAAUGCUGCCUCGUUUUGCUGACCGAAGGACUGAAGAUGGCGAGGUGGCGGAACCACCAGACUGGGUGUGGCUUGACCCCCUCGGUGGACGCAUGUCGAUAAGACCGCGUCGGCGUGGUUACCCUGUGGCGGUCAUGGCAGUUUUGUAACCCGGGGUUUGAAUCUGGCAUGUGCAUUGCUGCGCACGAGUGGCAGCACAGCACUUGGGAAUUUCUUGUUCAGGACCAUGAUUAUCUGAGACUACUGCUCGAUUCCGCAACAGACAAGGAGAAUGCCGGUACGCUCUUCGGUCUAUCGGUCUCGCAAGCCCCGAUUGGUAACUUGAACAACACGCAACUCACGGUUGAUGGUGUCAGUGUAAGAGUGCACGGGGUAUUCACU